AUGUUUAGAAGGAUCACAUGCUCAGCUUUGAAGGCCAAUUUGGUGCGCUCAAAAGCUCCAAAUUUGAGUGCUAGACUUGCUACAAGAUCAUUUACUUCAUGUCACAUACUUCGAAAUGAACAAAAUGGUGAAAAAUCUAUAAUAGGAGAUAUAAUUAUAAACCAAGAUAAACAAUUAGAAGAUGGCUGUAUGGAAAGAUCAUUGGAAAAUGGUGAAAAAGUGAUAUAUGACCCAAAUUUUGCAACAAAGAUUGAAGAUCCAGAGAUAAUAAAAGAACAAGAACAAAUUAGUAAAGAAAUGGGUAUUGAUCCUGAAAGUUUUAAAGCUGUGGAAGCUGAAGAAUUUGAAACUAAUGAAGAACUCUUGCAAAUUGAUGAAGUCAACGAAACUGUUGAAACUGCUGAAGCUGUAGAAGAAUCAGAAGAAAUCCCAUGGUAUAUGCGUGGAGAUGAAGCUUCUGAACUUGAUAAACCAAUUUUCAAAGCAGAAAUUCCUGAUAUUCCACAAGGUGCACCAGAAUCUGUUGAACCAUUAUUAAAAUUUUGCUCAGAUAAAUUAGGUCUUGAUGAUUUGAAAAUUUUUGAUAUUAGAAAUAGAGAUGAUUUACCAAUUAGUACAUAUAUUGAUUUUAUGAUUAUAACAUCUGGUAAGAGUGAAAAACAUAUUCAAACUGCUACAGAUGAAUUAACCUCUUAUAUUAAGCAUAAUAUGGAUUCUAUUCCUUAUGUUGAAGGUUUAUUAAAAGCUAAUAGUGCUCAAAGACAAAAAAGAAGAAUUAAAAAAAAUGUUAGAAAAGGUGGUGCUUCUGAUAAUGAAUUCGGUGUUGGGCCAAAUAGUUGGGUUAUGGUUGAUCCUCAAACUGAUGAUUUUGUUAUUCAUGUUUUAACACCAGAAAGAAGAACAGAUGUUAAUUUAGAAUAUAUGUGGUGUAAACCUGAAGAAAAGAAAUUAUAUGAACAAAAACAAGAAGAAUUCAACCGUUUUGAAGAUGUUGAUAAUAUUUUCUUUGGUUUACAAAGAAGAGAAUAUAGUACAAAGAUUGAACCUGAUUUAAGUUCGAAAAUUUUACAACAAUUUGAAAUUGGUGAUAAAGAAGGAUUAUCAAAAUCAUUGGAAAAAAUUGUUAUUGAAAAUGAUGCUUCAUUAGAACUUUUGAAAUCUAUAAAUAAUACAAUUGGCUCCUUAUCUAUCCAUCAAGCAGUUGAAGAAUUAUCUGAACCAUCAAAUAAAUACAUUCAUUUGUUUGAAUCAUCAUUUCCAAACAUCCCAUAUUUUGAACAUUGGACUAUAAGAUAUCAAUUAUAUUCAACAUUAAAUAGAAUCUUACCAGAUGUUUAUCCAAUUGAAAAUUUAACGAAUUGUUUAUUAGAUCAAUCUGCUGCGGGUGAUAAAAUCACCAAAGAGCAAUAUGACCAAUAUUUCCAAGAUUUAUUAUCAACUCCACAAUUUGGUUUAGAAUUAAUAACAACUCGUGAGUUAAUGAAUAAAAUAUUUAAAGUAAAAUUUGAUAAUUUAAGUAAAAUUUUGAGAGUGCUAAGAAUUCAAAAUGAUAUUAAAGUUGAUAAUGAAUUAAUCAAAAACUUAUUACUAUUAUCUUCACAAUACACUACAGGUCCUAAAGAUGGACCAAUUGUUGCAUCUAAAUAUUUCAAAAUCAUAAUAGAACUAUAUCAAGAUGAUAUUGAAUUUGAUCAAAAUGUUUUAUUCUUAAGUUUAAACAAUUUAGCUCGUGCACAUGAUGAAUGGUUUUGGCCAUUUUGGAAUCAAUUAGGUUCAUAUGAAACUGAUUUGAAAAGUGUAUCAUAUGAUUCAAGACCAUGGAAUAUUUUAAUUAAAGUUAUUUCAGAUUCACAAAAUGGGAAAUUAAUUGAUGAUUUCAUUGUUCAAUAUACUCCAAUUAUGAUUAAUAAUAAAAUUGAAUUAAAUGAUGAUAUGAAACAUGAUAUUUUAUCAAUUAUUCAACAACAUGGUGGUGAUAUUGGUGCUUACCAAGAAUUAGUUAAGUAUAUUCAAUCGCAACAAUAA